CGCGCCGAUCCGAUAAUUGCGCACGGAUGGUUCGCUCUCUGGUGCCAUCGGCCCAAUAAUAAAAAGGGCCGUGGCACCGUUAAUGACUAAUAAACACGUUAAUUGACGCUGAGCCCUCGACAGCUGCGUCUUUCCUAACACAACAGGACUGCGCUCGUAUGCGUGCGGCCGCGCCUGAACACCCAAGGGUACGCAGUCCGGAUCAUAACAGAAGCAAGGUGCCCCAGCGCGAAUUCCCAACUCAUUAUGCAACCCCAGCAUAAAACACGCACCAUAACAAGCCAGUCACGCCCAGCACCCACGGGGAGAGGAUACUCGGAGUCAGACUGACGGGCGCGCCAGAUCCACAUCAUUCAGAACAAGCGGGUUAAACGGGGGCUGUCCUUUCCCUUUUGCGCACCACUUUGGUCAGAGAAUAUAAGACGAGGUACGCCGAGCAGCGCUGCCUUUCAGCUUCGCAACCUCAACUGGUUUAGUCAGCUCUCCUCUUUUUAUUCUUUCCAAAAAAGAAAAGUCUUUUGCCACUUAGAAAUGGACUUCAUCCUGACACCCACUUUGCCAGCUGGUGAUAUCCCAUGGGAGAAGGUCUUACCACCUCUUAUUCCUCGGCUGAACGGGACUUACGGACAACAUAACUGGUCACCUACGUUAUUACUCCCAGAGACUGACAAUGGCAGUUCUGCAGAGGUGAACUGUGAUGACGGCAGAUUUUUAGUCCAAGUUGAUGUGAAGCAUUUCAACCCAGAAGACCUAAUGGUGAAAGUGAUAGGAGACUUCGUGGAAGUGCAAGGAAAGCACGAGGAAAAAAAGGAUGGCCCUGGCUUCACAACACGGCAGUUUAACCGCCGCUACCGAAUCCCAAAAGGAGUGGACACCCUGGCUUUGGAGUCUGCGGUCUCUCCAGACGGCGUCCUUAUCAUAUCUGCACCUAUGCUGCAAACUGAAAACUCCAUAUCCCUGACUUAAACGCACUAACGCACAAAAAUCUCCUCACCAUCUUCACUGCAUAUAAAAAAAAAAUGUAUCUGAAUCUCUUAUGAACACACAAGCAAAACAAAAAGCAACAACUCCCAGGUCCUCCACUCAACGCGUGCCAAAACAUCCAUUUGUUCUGUUCCUGGCACUCAUCUAAUAUUCCCUGAGGUUUGUAUAUACUGCUCUGCUAUUACUCACCUUCUUACAUAAUGUUUCAAGGAACCACUCUGUAAAUAUUUUGUGUUCGCCAUUUGAGCUGUUGCCUGUUUUUGUGAAACUUUUGUAAAUGCAUUGAAUUGUCAUUUUGAUUAAUCAGACAUGCAUUUUCCCAAUGUAAUGUGGAAAUAUUUCUCGGAAAAAAAGUGCAAAUAAACUUUAUUUCUUUAUAAAAAUGAUGAUAAUAAAAAAAGAAACUACAA